AUGGGAAUGUGGGAGGAAGCGAGUGACCCAGUGAUGGGGAAGAAGGAUAAAAAUGAGGAGCGGAAGGAGAGAAUCCUGAAUCUCACACUGGAGAUUAUCUAUCUGCUGACUGGAGAGGGCUACGUCAUCCCUAAGAAGAAGAGCCCAACUGUGGGUUUGGGGGCCCUGCAUGCCCCUGGCUCCGUCAUACAGAAGGAAAAUGACAAGAAGAUCCUGGAACUCAUCUCCAACAUCAUCCAGCUGCUGACUGGAGAGGUUGCCAUAAGGUGUGAGGAUGUUUCCAUCUAUUUUUCCUUGGAGGAGUGGGAGUAUAUAAAAGGAAACAAGGCCCUUUACAGGGAAGGGAUAAAGGAGGAGGAGGAGGAGCCCCAGCAGCUCCGCCCACUGGCCUGUGAGUAUAAAGAUGGGAGCGAUGUUACAGCACAUACGGAAGCAACUUUAUGUUGUAAUAAUGAUGGGAAUCUCACAAACCCUGAUGUUUCUCCAGCGGAACAGCCCCCACCGGCCAAUGUGAUUAAAGAGGAACCGGCUUCAUGGGAAGGGGGAAACCAAUCAGAUUGCAGCAUUAAUCCCCUUACAGAACAGAUACAGGGAACAGACACGCCUACUCCUAUCAUGGGGUGCAGCCUGAAUAACAGCUCGGCAGAGGAUUAUAUAUCAGUUGGUAUUAAAGAGGAAGAAUCUUCAUGGGAUGGGGGAAACCAAUCAGAUUGCAGCAUUAAUCCCCUUACAGAACAGAUACAGGGAACAGACACGCCUACUCCUAUCAUGGGGUGCAGCCGGAAUAGUAUAAAAAUGGAGGGUAAAAAAUAUGAUGAAAAUUCCCUCCAAUCUCCACAUAAAUCUCACAUUACAAAAAAUACAUUAUGUAGGAAAUACAGCUGCAAUGAGAAUCAGAAACUCUUUUUCAGAAACUCAAUUCAAUCAAAAUUUAAACGCCAUCCAGUAACCCACACAGGGGAGAAACCAUUUUCUUGUUCUGAAUGUGGGAAAUGUUUUACAAACAAAUCUGACCUUAAACGCCAUCAAAUAACCCACAGAGGAGAGAAACCUUUUUCUUGUUCUGAAUGCAAGAAAUGUUUUUCAAGGCAAUCUAACCUUGCUUGUCAUCAAAGAACUCACACAGGGGAGAAACCAUUUUCUUGUUCUGAAUGUGGGAAAAGAUUUUUAACCCAUUCACACCUUGUUCGUCAUGAAAGGACCCACACAGGGGAGAAACCAUUCUCUUGUUCUCAAUGUGGGAAAUGUUUUGCAAACCAAUCUGACCUUGAUCGUCAUCAAAGGACUCACACAGGGGAGAAAACAUUCUCUUGUUCUGAAUGUGGGAAAUGUUUUUCACAGCGAUCUAACCUUGAUCGUCAUCAAAGGACUCACACAGGGGAGAAACCAUUUUCUUGUUCUGAAUGUGGGAAAUGUUUUUCUAACGAAUAUCACCGUGAUCGUCAUCAGAGAAUUCACACAGGGGAGAACCCAUUUUCUUGUUCUGAAUGUGGGAAAUGUUUUUCAAAGCAAUCUAACCUUGAUCGUCAUCAAAGGACUCACACAGGGGAGAAACCAUUUUCUUGUUCUGAAUGUGGGAAAUGUUUUUCUAACGAAUAUCACCGUGAUCGUCAUCAGAGAAUUCACACAGGGGAGAACCCAUUUUCUUGUUCUGAAUGUGGGAAAUGUUUUUCAAAGCAAUCUAACCUUGAUCGUCAUCAAAGGACUCACACAGGGGAGAAACCAUUUUCUUGUUCUGAAUGUGGGAAAUGUUUUUCUAAUGAAAAUCACUGUGAUUGUCAUCAAAGGACUCACACAGGGGAGAAACCAUUUUCUUGUUCUGAAUGUGGGAAAUGUUUUUUAAACCAUUUCCACCUUGCUCGUCAUCAAAGGAUUCACACAGGGGAGAAACCAUUCUCUUGUUCUCAAUGUGGGAAAUUUUUUUCUAACGAAUAUCACCGUGAUCGUCAUCAGAGAAUUCACACAGGAGAGAAACCAUUUUCUUGUUUUGAAUGUGGGAAAUGUUUUUCUAGCGAAUAUCACCGUGAUCGUCAUCAGAGAAUUCACACAGGGGAGAAACCAUUUUCUUGUUCUGAAUGUGGAAAAUGUUUUUCAAACCAAUGGCACCUUAAAAUUCAUCAUAGAAGCCACACAGGGGAGGCACCAUUUUCUUGUGAAUGCGGGAAAUGUUUUACAAAUCGAUUUAACCUUGAUCGUCAUCAAAGGACUCACACAGGGGAGAAACCAUUUUCUUGUUCUGAAUGUGGGAAAUAUUUUUCUAACGAAUAUCACCGUGAUCGUCAUCAGAGAAUUCACACAGGGGAGAACCCAUUUUCUGAAUGAGGCUAAUGAUUUGUAUUGAACAGUAGUCUAAAAAUACUCUUUCACACAUGAGAAAAACUGUAAACUUGUUUUACAAAUGAGGCAUCAGGCAAACAUUCUUAUGUCCACCAAAAAAUGUUUCUUUAAGAGAACCCUUAGACCAGGGAUCCCCAACCUUUCUUACUUGUGAGCCACAGUCAAAAGUAAAAAGACUUGGAAAGCAACACAAGCUCCAUAAAAGUUCAUGGAGGAGCCAAAUAAGGUCUGUGAUUGGCUAUUAGGGGCCUUUAUGCACCCUAUCAGCUUACAGGGGGCUUUAUUUGGUAGGUAAUCUUGUUUUAUCACUGCCUUAGACCAACACUUUGCAGUCACCUGAUGGGCACUGGGCAAUUCUGAGACUGGGGGGGCACCAAAGCAGAAUGCACCAUAAGUACCUUCCCCCAGCACUGGCUCUGCUUUGGGAACUGAGGAGCCCUCUGGAAUAUAUCUCCCCCUCCCCCCAACAGAUAAUAUUCUGGGUUUUAUUGAACAAGAAGGGACAUAUUCCAAGGGGUAUGAGCCCCCCAGGGUAUCACUUGGGCAGAUGCUGUUCCCUAAUGCUCACACAGUAGGUAACAUAAUGGGGAUAUACCCAGCUGGGAAUGACUUGCCGGGUACAUAUGCUCUUACUGGGUAAAUAUAAAGCCUAUAACAUCAUCUUGUCAUUAUUAACCCAAUGUCAUUUCCAAUGGGGCAUUAGUUGAGAUGAAAGGAAAUAGGGUUACACCAUUAUCCUAUAAAGGGCCUCUUUAAAUUAAAUCAAUUUUGUGAAAA